UUAACGGAUUUCACCCAUGCUGAUGCAAUACAAUACCUAGGACUGGUUAACCAGUCAACCAAUGGGAAUUCCUCUAGCCAGUUCUUUGCGGUCGAGUUUGAUACUAUCUUCAGUCUUGGCACAGAUACUAUAGAUGGCAAUCAUGUAGGAAUCGAUCUGAAUGGCGUGAAAUCCUAUCAAUCCAUUCCAUCAGCUUAUUUUUCCAAUGAUGAAAGGAAGAAUAUAAGCUUGGACCUCAAAAAUGGACAUCCUAUACAGGUGUGGGUAGACUACGAUAGCCAAGAACAACUACUCAAUAUAACUUUGGCACCAGAGAACAACCCGAAACCGAACCAGCCUCUCUUGUCGACAUCAAUCGAUCUCUCUGAUAUCCUAAUGGAUACCAUGUAUGUUGGUUUCUCUGCUGCAACGGGUUCAAUUCAAAGCUGUAGCCAUUAUAUUAUGGGAUGGAGCUUCAACAGAAUUGGAGAAGCACAAAGCGUUGAGAUGUCCAAGCUUCCCAAAAAUGGUGAAGGAAGAAAUACGGUUCAAUUGAUUUCCAUCAUUGCAGCUGUUUUGUCGCUGUUAGUAAUCAUUGGAGCAUCAUAUGUUUACAGGAGGAAGAAAUACGAGGAAGUACACGAAGACUGGGAAAAGGAAUAUGGACCUCAGAGGUUCUCUUACAAGACACUCUGCAUAGCAACCAAAGGUUUCAAAGACGAGCAACUUCUGGGAUGCGGAGGUUUCGGGAAAGUUUAUGAAGGUACACUUCCUUAUGCCAAUGAGCAAAUUGCAGUGAAGAAAGUAUCCCAUGAAUCAAAUCAAGGGAUGAAGGAGUUUGUUUCAGAGAUUGUUAGCAUGGGAAGGCUAAGGCAUAAGAAUUUGGUGCCGCUUCUCGGGUAUUGCAGGCGUAAGAGAGAGCUCCUUUUGGUCUAUGAUCGUAUGGAAAUUGGCAGCCUCGACAAGCGUCUUUUCAACGAAGACAAACCAGCCCUUACAUGGUUUCAAAGGUUUCGAAUCAUCAAAGGUGUGGCAUUGGCUCUUCUUUAUCUCCAUGAAGAAGGGGAACAAGUUGUUCUCCAUCGAGACAUUAAAUCCAGCAACGUUCUUUUAGAUUCCGAUCUAAAUGAACGGCUCGGAGAUUUCGGUCUGGGCAGAUUAUACGAUCACAACGUUGAUCCUCAAACCACUCGUCUAGUAGGAACUUUAGGAUAUAUGGAUCCCGAGCUCCUCCGAACUGGAAGGGCUACUAAAGCUGCCGAUGUGUUUGUUUUCAGGGUUUUUCUGCUAGAUGUAGCUUGUGGGAGGAAGCCAUUUGAACCUAAUGUACCACCGGAAGAGAUUUUUCUAGUUGAUGUAGUCAAGAGAUGCUUCAAAAGAGAUGCAAUUGUCGAUGCCGUUGAUCCAAGAUUACAAGGCAAUUACGUGGUGGAGGAGAUGGAGAGAGUUCUGAAACUAGGCCUGCUUUGUUCCAACCCCAAACCGGAUUUGAGACCCACCAUUAAAGAAGUGGUUCAGUAUCUCCAAGGUAAUGCUAGUUUGCCUGUUUUACCACUUGAUAGUAUACCCCAAAAUAUACCUUCUUCCAUCCUUGAAACCUUACCUCGGAGUACAAAAAUUAGUAUCUCCAUAGCAGAUAACUUAGAAUCUGACACUUUAAUUUCGUUUUCUUCAUCAGUAGGAAAGGGUCUUUCUCUCAAUUCCUUGUCCAGAACAGAUUCAGAUCUUCAUAUAGGUCGAUGAGGUGGUGUAAUGUAAAUGUUUGUACAUAGUUAUGAUUUCUUCAUCUU